AUGGACACGCCACCAGCAGUAAACCUGCGGUCCAAGACCAGGCGGGCACUUGACGACCUCAACGGUGCAACCACGUCGCCGCCCUCAACACCCCUCAAGACAACGAGAAACAGCCCCUACCUGCCCACACCAAUCGAGACGAUCGUUCUGGCUGCUUUCCCCGUCAUCCUCUUCUUCGGCACCGUCUUCUCGCUUCUCUCCCCCGACGUUCGCUCGUCGGAAUACGACCCCGCAGCUCAGGCCCAUGUACAAGAUUCCGCGCCGUCGUACUUUGCGCGCAAGUCGAACCUGUUCAACGUCAUAUUCGUUAAGCGAGGCUGGUUCUGGAUCACGGCCGCCUUCUUCGGCUUCAUCCUUACGCACCCCGCGACUGCGCAAGCAACCGCGCGCGUACAGGGCACUCUACGAUGGGCGCUGGUCACGACCUGGUGGUUCUUCGUCACGCAAUGGUUCUUUGGUCCGGCUCUCAUUGACCGAGGCUUCCGCUGGACGGGCGGAAAGUGCGAGAUUAUUGAAGAGAAGGUCGAGAUGGGUGAAGGAGAUGCCAAGGAAGUCUUCACAGCGGUCGCAUGUAAGGCAUCUGGCGGACGCUGGCGCGGCGGUCAUGACAUCUCUGGACACGUCUUCCUCCUGGUUCUUGGUACCGGCUUCUUAUUGUCCGAGGUCGGGUGGGUGGUUAUGCGCUGGAGAGGCUCAAGAAGAGAAGAACGCAGCGUUGUCAUGACGGAUGGUGCUACAAAGACCGCAACAGUCGAGGCGCAAGGUUUGAAGGGAGAGCCCGUCCCAGGUGAUGCUUUGGGCUUAGGAGGCAAGUUUGCCGCUGCCAUUAUCGCUCUGAGCUCCUGGAUGCUCCUCAUGACUGCCAUCUACUUCCACACAUGGUUUGAAAAGGUCACCGGUCUCGUGACCGCUCUUGCUGCGUUGUAUGGCGUCUACGUUCUCCCUCGAUUCAUUCCUGCUAUCCGCCAAGUCGUUGGUCUGCCUGAUAGAUCAAUGUCUCCAAUAAAGGCCCCGGUUAACCUGCCGGAGCUUGUCAAAGCAGCAUUCAAUAAGGCUCGCUCCAAUGGCGACCUGACCUAUUAUGCAACUCAGGUCACAGUGCUCAACGCCAACUCAACCCCAUUCCAACUCCGCUUCUCCCCCGCCUUGGCGAACAAGCCGGUCGCCCAGAAGCCCAAGAAGACCGAUGAGCCACGCAAGCCUUUUGAUCCUUUUGAAAGUCCCGAGAAGGGCCCGCUGUUCAUCGCCGAAAUUCCAUCGUCGUCGGGCCACAACUUGGUGCUGAACAAGUUUGCCAUUGUUCCUGAGCACUUCAUUCUAGCCACCAAGGAGUUUAAGCAACAGACCGAUCUCCUGGAGCGCGACGAUUUGGCAGCAACGUACUCUUGUAUAGAGGCUUACAGACAGUACGGCGAACAACAUCAGGGGUAUAACAGCGAGCUAUAUGCCUUCUUCAACAGCGGCUCGCACUCGGGUGCAAGUCAGCCUCACCGGCACAUCCAGCUGCUUCCAGUGGCGCGGAUGAUGGACGGUUUACCCGACGGCGCGCGAUGGGACGUGCUAGCAAAACAGCUUGGCCCGCAGCACGUCUCCGGGCUGCCGUUCUUAACCUUUGCGGAGACGAUCCAUCGAGACAUGUCCCCGGAUGAGCUUCACGGCAUCUAUCUAUCACUUUUCAAGUCGGCGGUUGAUGCAGUGGAAUCUCACAUCGGCGCUGAGAACGACUCUGGGAAUGGCGGCGCGCGCAUCAGCUAUAACCUUGCCAUGACGAGCGACCGGUUGGCGGUACUGCCACGACUUGCCGAGGGCGCGGCCAUCUUCAAAGACGGUACGGCCGUAGGAAAUCUCGCUCUCAACGGCACCGUCUUGGCGGGAACGGCUUUGGUCAAAAACGAGGCCGAAUGGGAUGCGCUAAGGUCAGGAGGUGACGGUGACGGCGUCCAAUUACUCGAAGUUUUAUCGAAAAUCGGCGUUCCAAAGGAUAGCGGCGGAAGCCACACAAAAAAGCUGUGA